AUGCAACAACAACAAUAUUUAUGCAACAAUAUCAUUCAACACCAACAUUUAAUCAACAACAACAAUGUUUUUAGGCCUCAACAACAACAACAAAACUUCCCACAAAACUUCCAACAAAACAUUCAACAAAACUUCCCACAAAACUUCCAACAUUCUUCUUUUUCCAACAAUAAUAUUCAUUCAUUUCCCACCUCAAAUUCAAUUUUUUCUUCACUGCCUCCAAACAAUUUAUUUUCAACGACCUCCAACAAAUCUCAAAAUUUUUUUCAGACUCAAAAAUACUCUCCUCAUUUUAAACAACAAUGUCCUCCUCCUCAACCUCCAACUAUGUUUGACCCAUUCACAGCAGCUGCAGCAGCAAAUUUUAUGCAACAUUUCACUCAAAAUACUAAUCAACAAGUGCAAUCAACGCCUUCCGCAUUAUUUAAUACUCAACACAACAAUUCUCUGCAAUUCCAACCAACUAGAGAAGUUUUGCCGAUGAAUUUUAAUAAUUUUGUAUUUCCGCAAUUUGGAGCCGAUUUCUCUCCCAGUCCUUCCCAUGUUUCUUUAAAUUCAGCAGGAAUAUCUGCUGUCGACAGUUCAUCAUCUUCUGGUAUUCCUUCAUCGCCUGAUGAUUCUUCGUGUUCUUUAGACGCUGAAAUAUUAAUUUUAAAGGAAUUUAGGAAGAAUAAAGAAGAUUUUCAAUCUAAAAAUGGGGUGGGUGAAUGGCAGAGUGUAAAUAACGGAGAAAUAUUUUCUGAUGAACAAAAGCUUCUUGAAAAUUUAAAAGAGAAAACAGAAACCAGAAUAUUCGAAAAUACACCAAAUAAACAAUCAGAACAGUCUUGUUUUUCUUCCUCUAAUUCUUCAAGUUCUCAAGAACAAGAGAUUAUAAUUAUUGAAUAUGAUAAAAAUGAAUUAGAUAACCAAAAUGAAUUUAUUAAGGAAGAUAAAAAAGAAGCCGAAAAAGAAGAAGAAAAAAGGUCGAUACAAAAUGAGAUUGAAAUAUUUCCUGUUGAGGAUGUUGAAAAUUUAACGGAAAACACAAAAACAACAGAAAUCAACGAAGAAAAAGAAGAGGACAACACAUCAACCUCUUCAUUAGACUUUCCGUGUUCUUCGUCAAAUAAUAACAAUGAUUCUUCAAUUCCUUUAGAAGAAGAAGAAGAAGAAGAGGAGAUUGGAAUAAAUAAAUAUGAAGAAAGUAUAAUUUCUUCUUGUGAUGAUACCCAAAUAAAUUUAGAUAAAAAAGAGGAUUUAAUUGAGGAAGAAGAUAAUGACCAAUGUAACCAACAAAAUUUACAAAAACAUAAAAAUGGGAAGGUUCCUUGUCGAUGGGUUAAUUGUAAAGAAAUGUUUUGUGACGAGGAUGGGCUAUAUGAUCAUAUAAUUUCGGUGAAUAUUUAUUUAAUUUAUCAGAAUAACGAGAAAAUACAAAUACCAGAAUUUCAGAAAAUACAAAAACCAGAAUUUCAAAAACACAAAAAUCAGAAUAUCAAUAAAUAUAAAAAUCAGAAUUUUAGAAAAACAAAAACCAGAAUUUCAGAAAACACAAAAAUCAGAAUAUCAAAAAUACAAAAACCAGAAUAA